AUGGCCAAGAUGCGCGAUGAUAGGGUGAAGGGUCGCCAGAUCGGUCAUUCAAACGGCUCUGGCGCCCUCCCGGUGCGAGAGGAGGGAAAGAAAAGGGGGCCGGCCGGAGACGCGGACGAGCGGCGCUUCGAGCUUCAGCCGAGUCCCGACCCGUCUUUGCACGGGCGACGAGCCCGUGGGAUUCCUGCGCCCCCCGAAGAGAAGCCUGGAAGGUGCUUUGCCAUUCAGAUCAGAAGCCAGAGCAGCACUAAUGAGUCCACCAUAUUGGCAGCUGCUGUUCAGAGAGAAUGUCAAUGCACUAAAGAGAGUUCCCUGGGAGAGGCAGAGUUACAGCCAGCCUCAGAUCCUGCUGGAAUGGAUGGCAGUUACCUCAGCGUGAAAGAGACUGGAGUGAAGGUAUCCCAAGAGAGAGCAAGUAAUGACCUAUCCAGCCCAAUGGACAAGACGGACUCCGAGAGCAACAAGGGGAAGAAGCGGCGCAACCGCACUACCUUCACCAGCUAUCAGCUGGAAGAGCUGGAAAAGGUGUUUCAGAAGACCCAUUACCCAGAUGUUUAUGCCAGAGAGCAACUAGCCAUGAGGACAGAUCUCACAGAGGCCCGAGUACAGGUUUGGUUUCAGAACAGACGGGCAAAAUGGAGGAAACGAGAACGGUUUGGUCAAAUGCAACAGGUCCGCACCCACUUCUCCACAGCCUAUGAGUUGCCUUUGCUGACUCGAGCAGAGAACUAUGCCCAGAUCCAGAAUCCAUCCUGGAUUGGCAACAACGGAGCUGCCUCCCCGGUGCCAGCCUGCGUAGUGCCCUGUGACUCAGUGCCUUCCUGCAUGUCUCCCCACGCUCAUCCCCACACCACCGGAGGAGUCUCAGAAUUCCUGAGCGUCUCCGGUCCUGGAAGCCAUGUGGGGCAGACUCACAUGGGCAGCCUCUUCGGCGGCACAGGCAUCAGCCCUGGCAUCAAUGGGUAUGAGCUGAACGGGGAGCCUGACCGCAAGUCCUCCAGCAUCGCAGCUCUGCGGAUGAAAGCCAAGGAGCACAGUGCGGCCAUAUCGUGGGCAACAUGACAGGCCUGCAGCCGUUGCCCUCCAGACACUUGACAGAGCAAACAGGGACAACUGAACCAAUCCAUCCACUCUUGGACUUGAGGCAGCCAAUGCCCUCCUCAGAAAUAUGAAUGCAGCACUUUUAGCUACCCUGGGUGUAACCGCAUUGCAUAUAUUAUCCUAGUUGGAGUGUUUUAAUCACUGCGGAUCUUUUUGUCCCCUAGAUCAGGCAUGUAGAAAGAAAUAGUUGGUGCUUAUACCACAUGAGUUUUAAAAAAACUGUUAUUUUCUGUUCACAUGGCGUUUCUCCCUUAUAUUAGUGUUCUCUAGAUUGCCCAUGAAAAGGGACAUUUGCCCCUCCAGCAUUUCCUGGCACCAAGGGUGCUUAGAGAUGAAGUCUAGUUUUUUUUUGGGGGGGGGAAUGGAUCCCAAAGAUGCCGUCUUUCCAUUUGUACACCUUUCUAUGUUUUUCCACUACUUUCUCCAUCUUGAUAGAAAAUCUGUUAAGGGGACGAAAUGAAAAGAGCGGUGCAACAUGUUUUGUCCUCACUAAGAGCUGACUGUCUAGA